AUGUCCCAACCUGGACGGCCCAGGAGGCGUGGAAAAUUACCAACUAAUAGUUUUCAACGGAUGCCAAAGUCUUUGCACCAACAACAAGGACCAGGAACUAACAUGACAAAAGAUGAACCAACAAUUCAGUUACACGAUGAAGCGGACCUAAUUUCAUUCCGUAGCGAUGCGUUGGCUAGAUUCGUAACAAAUCAGGAAUAUUUGGAGAAUGUUACCUCGAAGUUUAUAAAUACUUCGAAGAUUAUUCCACCAAGCGUCUUUCCAAGUAUUGCGGAAUCUCCAGAACAUAAUAAGGAGCAACAACACCAAAAACAAUCUAUUAAAAUACGAAAAGACUUAGAAGCAUUAAAGUCAAGACUGAUUGGACUAAAGGAAGAUCUCGAAAAGGAAAAGAGUUCUCUGUCAUAUCUUUUGGAUGAUGAUAAAUACAACUUUCAAAAGAAGUCUAUCGAUGAAUUAGCAAGGUUACAAUCAGGAUUGGGCGAUAAAGAAUCAUUUGAUAAGCUACAAGAAUCCUUGGACCGUAUCAUGUCAGAAUUUCAGAGCCAGUUUCAUAGAACUUACACGGCAAUCCCUUCCCACAAAAAGUAUUCAAUUCCUGCUGAAAAGAUAUCUAAGGAUAUAAAAAUCGUCCUGGCGCCUGAGAAUUAUGACCCAAGACUGAUAAAUUCAUUCAUUUCAAUAAAUGGUAACGGAAACACGCAGAAUGAUGGUGAAAAUGACAAUAGUCAUGGAAAUGACGAGCUUCAAGAUAUCAGUGGAGACGACUUCAACGAUACCAAUGGAUUAUUUCUCGAUCUAGAAGAUCAUCACAACAAAGAGUAUGAUAAUGAUUCCAAUAUUCCUGACAAUUUUGCGAUGACUAUGGUCAACUCAAAUGGCGGUGAUGAAAACUCAAAUGACAUAAGUGACCCUACAGCUAACAGCAUGCAAAGAAGCCAGGGUCAAGGUGACGGAAGUGACGCUAUAAAUCAGCUUUUAGAAACCGGCGAAGGAACAGCGGGCCUUGCUCAAAAUGAGUCGGACAUUAUAAAUGACGAUAUGGGUGAUUUGAUCAACUUUGAUGUAGGUGAAGAAGAUCCCAUGAUUAAUGAAGGAACUUUUGAUCAAGACUUCUUGAGUCAAAUAGACCACAGUAUGGAAUAG